CAUGGGGAGAAAGUUGAAAAGGCAGUACAAAGCCUGGAAUGUUCCACAGAUACCUCGCAUUCGAGUCCCUGCCUCUGCCGCUGACAACCCACUACUGAAGGACCUAAAUCAAGGGCAGCGGCGCUACUUCUACAGCAUCAUGAGGAUUUAUGACUCCAGGCCCCAGUGGAAGGCCCUGCAGACCCGGUACAUCCACAGCCUUGGGUACCAGCAGCAGCUGGGCUAUAUCACUCGGCAGGAGGCUGUGUCUUGUGCUGUUUUACUUAGACACUCAACCAUGCAAGCCUCAGCCAAGGUGGCUCCUCCAAGAACCAUUCCCCGAAACUCUUCAGCCACACAAAGAAAAUGCCGGCCAGCAAAACCAGAGUCUAGAGCUGGACCCAGGACCCUCAGUACAGCAUGCUGAGCAUCAGGACCUGAGACAAUGCAUAAUCUAUAAACUGGGCAGCUUAUCGGUGUAUUCCCUGCAUCCUAGUAGGUGCUUGGUAUGUGUUUGUUGUAUGACGAUGAAGGAAAGAAGACUAAUAGAGCCUCUAGACCGACACAUCAUCACAUCUUCACAGAAAUGACACACACAAGAAGAUGGGAGAUUUGCAAGCUUUAUGUAUAUGUAUAGAGUACAUAAUAAGGAAGC